AUGACGUUUCAAACGGAGAGCUUCGCCGAGUACGUUAUUGUGGAGUACAGAUGGCUGAUAGUGAUCGUUGCAUUACUCCCAAUAUCGUUGUUAUGGAAGAUCUGGUCCACCUUCAGGAAUUGGUUGGUGUUCACGCUGAACAGCGCUCCCAAGAUGCACGAUAAGAAGGUCAAAGAUGUACAGAAACAGGUGAAGAGGUGGUUGGCAGGCGACCGUAGCACUCGACUGUGCACCGCUCGACCCACCUGGCAGACUAUGUCAUUCCGUCAUGGCAUCUAUAAGAAGACCUCUACCAAUAUAUCUGUUAAUCUCGUGGAUGUACUGGAAGUGGACACUAAGAAUAUGACAGUUCGUUGCGAGCCUCUCGUCACGAUGGGACAACUGUCACGCACCCUCGAACCUUUGGGCUUGGCAUUGGCAGUGGUUCCCGAACUUGACCAGCUGACUGUGGGUGGUCUAGUCAUGGGUACAGGCGUGGAGACAUCCUCGCACAUUCAUGGAUUGUUCCAACACAUUUGUCUCCAGUACGAGCUAGUGAUGGCUGAUGGAUCGGUCGUCACUUGCACUAAGGACGAGAAACCAGACUUAUUCUAUGCCGUGCCCUGGUCCUACGGAACCCUAGGCUUCUUGACUUCCGUUGUGAUCAAAGUCGUGCCAGCGAAGAAGUAUGUACGUCUUCAAUACGAGCCCUAUACAAGUUUAACAGAGUUGGCGACGAGGUUCUCUAAAGAGUCAUUAGAUAAUAAACCACAUCAGUUCGUGGAAGCGCUUCUCUUCACCAAGGAUACUGGUGUUGUGAUGACAGGAGAUAUGGUGGAUGAGGUCGGCACUGACGGAAAGUUAAAUUGCAUUGGAAAAUGGUACGCAGAAUGGUUCUACAAACAAGUAGAAAGACACUUAAAGAAGUUUAAAGCGGGUAAUAAACAGCCAGCUGUGGAGUACAUACCUCUGAGAGACUAUUACCACAGGCAUACGAGAAGCUUCUUCUGGGAAUUGCAGGAUAUAGUUCCAUUCGGCAACAACAUAAUCUUCCGCGUCCUAUUCGGGUGGCUGAUGCCACCGGAAGUGUCGUUGCUGAAGCUGACGCAGCCAGACGCAGUCAGUAAGCUGUACGAACGAGCUCACAUCAUUCAAGACAUGCUCGUACCUAUAGAUCGUUUGGAAAAAGCGAUUUUGAAAUUCCACGAAGAAUUUGAGGUGUACCCAAUUUGGUUGUGUCCGUUCAAAGUACUUAACCAACCAGGACAACUCAAGAUUAAAUCUGGCGACUCGCAGAUGUUCGUAGACAUUGGGGUCUAUGGAGUACCAAAGGCUAAGGGAUUUGAAACCGUCGCUUCAACCCGACGUAUCGAGAGCUUUGUCGUCCAGAAUAAUGGAUUCCAAAUGUUAUAUGCCGACACGUAUACAACCCUUGAAGAGUUCAGGAAGAUGUUCGACCACACACUAUACGACAAAGUCCGAGACAGUCUACCAUUUUGUAAGGAAGCUUUCCCUGAGAUACAUGGAAAAGUGAACAGGACUGCCAGAAAAUAAUUGGUGACCCACUAUUUCCAAGAAUAAUCUACUGAGUUUAGUAAUAACCGCCAAAAACGUUGGAAAUUCAUUUCUAACUAGAUUCUACCCGCUACUUUGUCGUGACGUGACUAUAAGCACAGAUAAAAUAAUAUUAUAACUGCAAUUAAUGCCUACAUUGUUGGUUAAACAGAUUAAAAUUUUUGUAGAUAUUGUGUAACAUCACAAAAUGUAAUAUGUUUGUAGGCUACCAACCUCCUUGCAUAAACUAGCCAUAUAACACAAACACAUUUUAAUAAAAAGUAUAUUGUCGUAAUGUCAAAUUGUUU